AUUUACACUUAACAGCAUCAAUUGAUCAUUUGAACAUUGAACUUGUUGCUCUCCAGUCAAUCAACUGGGUAUUGUAUUUCCCGCCAUUUUAAGCUAGGAUCGGCCUCUUCUUAUCCUACUAUACCUAAUACCUACCUAGUUAGUAGGCAGGUAAGUAGGCAGGUAAGUAGGCAGGUAUAUAGGCACUCUUAUAGUUUCGCCCCUGACUGACGAUGGAGGGAUUUCCAAUUGUUGCUAGGUACCUAUGUAGUGUGACGCCGGGUUGCUUUUACAUCAAUCCAAAUAGGAUAUUGAUCUCCUGUUUCUAUUAGCUGAAAUCAGCUGAAAUAUCAAUUAGGUACAAUACCUAACAUGGCUACGAUGUGCCUAACGGCGUUUUUGAAGAGCCCAGUCAUCAAUCAAUAACAAAAUGUUACACUGCCUCGAGGAUCGGCAGGACCUCUACAGGUGCCAAGUCAUUCUUUCGUUGUGUCAGCCACACGCAGCCUGCUUUAUCCUCACUGCCUUCGCUACCUCAAUAGGGAUAUAUAUUUAGUUUUCUCAGCCAGUUACCUCCUACUCUAAGAAUCAAACUAUUGACGAAAGACCUAUGUAAUAGGCUUAUGGAAAAGGAAUGGGAGAUCCCCUAGGAGCAGCCGGCUCUAUCAUUGGCAUUGCCGCGUUCGGCCUGAAAUGCGUGACCACCCUUCAGACGUACGUUGAAGCCGUAGUCGAUGCGCGGAAGAGUUUGCGGGACAUUGCUUUUGAUGUCAGCGUCACGGCAUCGGCUUUAAAUCAGCUUCACCAGUUCAUCGAGUUGGACAAAAAUGGCAAAGCAGUCGCUAAUGAUUCAGGGGUACAAGAGGUGGCUCGUCUGGCAUCGAAAUGCAAGCAGGUCUACACUGCAGUCAUGAAACUCAUUUCCAAGGCCGUCGGUGCGCCGAGGGAUGACAACGGCGAGAUAUCAAUCGACGCGUUGGAUUCAAUAGACUUAAACGAGUCUAAUGUCAAACGUCUAGUGCAGAGGCUUAAAUGGCCUUUCAAGCAGCAUCGCAUUAAGAAGCACCAGGAAGAGCUACGAUGGCUGAAAAUCAGUCUUCUAUUCCAUCUACGGCUCAUGGAACUUGCGAAAACGAAGAUAAUGGCUCCGACCAGAUCCUUGAGCGCUCGGGAGAAGGAAAUGGCCCUGCAAGCCACUCUAGAGAAGCUAUCUGCUAGCAAGCACUUGUAUGCUAAGAGGAUCGCUUCCGGGAGGAGGAGAUACAAGGGGAAAGUAAGAGCAAAGAGGGGCUUCGCUAAGACGAGGCCCUCUUCUUUAUCCAGAGAGACAAUUGAUAAAGGAAAGAGAUUACUUUCCACAUCCCCUCUUAAUAACAACACUCGAGAAUUAUCACCUUCAUCUAUAAGUGGUGAUGACAAUUUUCGAACACAAAAUAUUCUGCCGUCCAAAGAACUACUCACGGAACCAGUACCGGACACCCCUUGGACGACUGAAGACAACAAGGAGCCAGGAAACAAUAUUGGUCCCUUGAGCCCAAGCAGUCCCAUCCCUAAGUCUCAAUGCGUCGCUGAUAGAACCCCUGAACCUAUACGGACCCAAGAUAAUACGCACAUUCCGACCACAAUAACGGCCAAUAACCAAUUAGGAGCUCAACAUAGCUCUCCCGCCACUGCUAACGAAGAUAAAGAGAAAGAAUAUUUAAAUAACCAUGGAAAUCAAGAUGUCGAAGCGUACAUUGUCGAGGUGGACAACCCCGAUCUUAAGUCCAACUCCAUCCGUAAGCUCCCUUUCGAUCGUCAAGAAAUAAGUGAUGAGUUUAAACGAAUUAUGGAAUCGCAAAGAGGAGAUGUAGUAACGCGGUACAUGUCCCUAACCUCCAUACAACGGGAAAAUAUCCAGCGAGUUCUGCUUGAAGCAGAAAAGACGGGUUCUCACGAGAAGAUAUGCAAGGCGAUAAAUUUUACGCAGUCAGAAGACUCUUGCAUGAUCGUGUUCCUCUCCCCACGUGCGCCUGCUCAACCCGUCCAUCUCAACUAUAAGUCGCGGUCUUUCCACUUUGCGUUUGAGCUGUGUCGGACUUGGGAGGAUAUGGUCUCCCUCAUUAAACCCAUCUUAACCGACAUUCGUAAUCCGGACACCUUUUUGAGGGCUGGACAAUAUGAACUCAAAGACCCAAAUGACCGAAUCAUCCUCCCAUCAACGUGGAGCUCGACCGUGCAGCCCGGCCUAACCAUCUUUCUAGUCCCGCACCCGGCAGUGUCCCAAUACUCAUCUUCACUGCAGAACGACGACGAACCUAAUGAAUCCAACCAAUCUAAUGAAUCCUGUGAAUCUGACGAAUCUUCUACGUUCACUGAUGAUUAUUUGGGCUGUACUAUACGGUGGCGCCGCCCUUCACAACUAUGGAAGAGGUCAUGGCUUCGCCGAGCUACUUACGGAGUCCUAUCUAUUAUCCCAUUCAUGAGGCGAGACUCUAGAGGACAACCCUCUAUGUUUGAAGGUGAACGGGUCCAUGAGCAGCUGGAAAUUCGUGCUGUUUCUUGUGCUCCAGGGCCUGGAGAGGUCGAUCCAGAUGAAGAGGAUGAGGAAAAUGAUUCCGAUAUCAUUGAUUUCGAAGAAGAAGCAGAGACGGGUCGGUUUGUGUUGGGUGAGGCCUUGGAGAAAUGGACUAACGCUCGUGAUGCUCCCCUAGACGGAGAAUAAGAAGGCGAUGAAAGACGACCUUUGUGUGAUAAGCCAUAGCCAAAAGCCUAGACAAUUAUGAUUCCCUUAAUCUAGAAUUCACUUAUACAAGAUGAAUGAUAUUUAGGAGACAUAU